AUGUCUGACUUCCUGAACGACUGGGCGCAGAAACUGCUCGACAUCUUCCGGAGCCACGAGAUCGACCCGAACGUUGGCAAGCCAUGUUACGAGUGCCACUCACACGACGCGAUCUUUCGCUGCACGGACUGUUUCAACAGCCCCAUCUUCUGUUGUGAGUGUAUCGUCGCCGGCCACAAAUGGAAUCCUCUCCACCGAGUGGAGCGAUGGAACGGCUCGUUUUUCGAGCGCACUCACCUCUCGGACAUCGGGCUCGUCUUCGCGCUGGGCCACUAUGGGGAAGCAUGUCCCACGACCUUCGACGAACCUCCGAGUCAGCUCACCGUCGUGCACACGACAGGCUUAUGCACGUUGAACGUGCAGUACUGCCACUGUCUCAAGGAUGGUCACAAAAGAAUGCCACGCCCCCUGCAACUGUGGGACGCGGCACUGUGGCCGGCAUCGUUCUCUCGGCCCAAGACCGUGUUUACCAGCCACGCACUCCGCUUCUUCACGCAGUUGACGUGCCAGGCCAAGACAUCCGCACACGACUUCUACGGGACGCUACGGAGACUGACCUCAAACGCGUUCUUUGACGAUGUGAAGGACCGUUAUCGCGAGUUCAUGACAGCACACCGCCACUACCAUUACCUCCAGACACUCAAACGGUUUGGACUCGAACCCGGCUGUCUUGCCGUGCGUUGCCCAGCGUGUCCACAACCCGGCGUCAACAUGGACCCGAUUUGGAAGGAACGCCCUCAAUCGGAACGAUACAAGGACGCGCUGCAUUAUGCCAAGGAUGGAAAUUUCCAUCUGAAUCAGCAUGACAAGAAGAUGGACCGUGACGACUUCCCUUUGACGAACGGGGCGCAGUACUAUGUGGACACUGACGAGUACGGCGAGUUCCUCGACAAGACUAAGGUUUACGAAGACGUUCAAGAGGAAACGACUACGUGCAGUAAUUUCAACGCCCUCUCCGAACGGUACAAGGGCAAGAUCAAGACGGGACAGGUCGCUCUGUCAUGCACUCGCCACGGUUUCGUCAUUCCGUGUGGCACUGUAGACUUACACAUCGGCGAACGUUAUGCGAACGUCGAUUACGCGACGCUCUCUGGUCUUCGUUGGUACUACUCGUUACACCUGCUAAUCGGAUCAUACGACGUAAACUGCAAGUACGGUAUCAAGUGGUGGGAUCGCCUCAAGAGGAUCGCGUCCAUCCUGCCUCAUGUCCCUGGGGUCUCAAUUCCGCAGGAGGCGUGGCCGAUAAUUCAACGCUGCGUCCCGAAGUGGCAUCUACCGUCACACACCGGCCUAUGUCGGUUCCUCUUCUCAUUCUACUACACCCCUGGCGUCGGAAACACGGACGGCGAGGCGGUCGAGAGGCGUUGGGCUGCCAUGAAUGCCAUUGGUCGAUCCGUUCGCGAAAUGGGCCCGGGGCAUCGGCAAGACGUUAUUGAUGCGCACAACUCCGACUUCAAUGCACAGAAGACCUUCAAAAUAGGUGAGUGCAUUGCCGGACUCUAG